AUGGCUCCUUUUACAGCGAGACACGCAAAGAUUACGGGAGUAGCUACCUUGACGGUUGCCAGUUUUUAUAUCAUCAAGAAGUAUGGCCCAGGUGUCGGACGAAGGAUCUUGAACAAACUUAAGUUAGGCAGUGGAAAAAGCUCGAGGUUACUGAUCGAGCCUUCAUUGAACACACAGUCAAAGGUCAAACGGCGAAGUGCAGCACUUGACUAUGAAUUCCUCUGUCAAGCGUGGAAACUUUUAAAAGUUCUCUUCCCAGGUUUUUGGACAAGGCAGGUUGGUUUGUUGUUUCUCCAUUCGCUUUGUCUUUUCCUGAGGACAUUUUUGUCGAUUUACGUGGCAACUCUAGAUGGCCGUAUCAUAAAAUCGGUUGUUCAGAAAAAUGGUUUUAAAUUCGUUUUGUUACUUGUCAAUUGGAUCGGUGUGGCGAUUCCAGCAACGUUCAUAAACAGUAUGAUUCGGUAUCUCGAAAGCAAACUGUCCCUGGCUUUUCGCACAGAGCUUGCUAACCACGCUUACGAGAAGUACUUCUCAAACCAAACUUACUAUCGUGUGGGGAACUUGGAUGGAAGAAUAGCGAACGCAGAUGAGUGUCUAACUGAAGACAUUCGCAUGUUUUGUAGUUCAGUAGCUCAUCUGUACUCACAUCUAACCAAACCCUGCCUUGAUGUCUUUGUGAUUUGUUGGACUCUUGAUGGACUUGCAAGAAAAAGAGGAACCUCUUGGAAAAUUCCAGUGAGCAUAGCAGCGGUGGUGGUUUACCUUACUGCCGAGAUUUUAAGGAAACUAAGUCCAAAAUUUGGCAAGAUUGUAGCAGAGGAGUCACAGAGAAGAGGACAUCUUAGAUUUCUUCACUCGAGGGUCAUCACAAAUGCUGAGGAGAUUGCCUUUUAUGGUGGUCAUAAAGUAAGACUUUGUUAAGGUCGAUUUAGACAGCAGGAUUUUUGCUUACGAUUUCCGUGUGCAAUUAGCAUACUUCAUGACUUUACAGCAGAUCGUGUCUUGUAAAUUACACCCAUGACAUCUGUUCGACACAUGUAGAUGCUGGAAGUGAAAAUUGUGCUCGUGUGGAUGGUUCAAAGUCAUGACAUAUGUUAGUCGCACACAAUAGUCGUAAGUAAAAAUAUUUAUUGUAAAGAUACCCAGCCACUAUGAACCAACAAACCCCUAAAAAAUCGGUGGAUAUGCAGACAGCGCUCGACUACUAAGGUGCUGAUCUGGAUCUGCCUAUCUACAAUCUAACCUCUCUUAUGGACACCUCUCUUUUAUGGACAGAAAUGCCAAAAAUCAUAUAUUCCCUACCUUUAUAAUACGGACACCUCUGCAAAGUGGACACUUGAUUCUGUCUCUUUGGUGUCCGUAUUAAAGAGGUUUGACUGUACUUCAUAACUAACCUUUGUAAGAUUCUUUUCUCAACUUUACAUACAUUUAGACAGCAUAUAAAACACAUACAAUAAUUGUCAAUGCCACUGAAGGUAUAAAGGGAUACAAAAAGAAGGGCUAUGUAUCAACAUAUGAGUGAGGUUAAGGGUUGCUGAAAAUUUGAAUUCAGGGCUUGAAAGGACAAGGCAUAUAAUAAAUGCGCUUGUUUUUCAUUUGUUAUUUGAUGAGAUGCAAAUCUGCAUAACUGUUCUUAUGCAAUUGCUCACCUUUGAUUGACUCAUUAAUCCAGCUGUUUCAUGGAUACAGCUUAAAGGUGGUCCCAAUUUGGAAUACCCUGCUACGUAUCCACAUAUCACUCAAAGCCUUAUAGCACUAAGCAUAGAAGAAAAAAAAGAAUGCAUUCUUACGUAGCCUGAGAAAAUAUCCAAAAUUUUGUGAUGAGACCACUGGUUUUCCCACAAAAUGAUGUCUGAGAAAUGUUAGCACAAAAUUCCACACUUAUGACUGGUCAGUAUCUUAACUACCCAGAUCUGGGUAGUGUUUCUAAAUGGCUGAAGCAAAUUUCUCUCAUAGUACAUCCAAUCAGAAGCACUAACCAGUUCUUGGUAGUGAUAUGUCGUCAGUAUAGAGUAUUUCUGUUCAUUCCUCAGAGGUUGUUGAGCAGGGAAAUUGGUGGUGGCAUGUCAAAAUGUCUGCUGUUUUUUUGAUGCCAUUCUUAUUCAAUGUUCCUGCUAGCAGGGAAAUUCAGUGAUAUGGAAAAUAAGUGGUUGGGCACUCUACAAUCUCUAAUCAACCUUUUGAAAUUGCAUUUACAUAUACUAAUGAUGUAAAAUGCAGUGGAAAAAGAAGUUUUGGAUUUAACCGUAUAUACCUCGUAAUCAAAACUGAAGGGGUAUGUAAACUCCAGGCCCCAGUUUUUCAAAAGCUAAAAUAUUAAUAGAGCUAUUCAUCGGAUAAAUCACCAUCCACUGGAUAAAUAUUAGGGAAACCAACAGUCCAGUUUCGAAUUAAAAAUUACUGCUGAAUGUAAACAUUAACGACACAUUCAUACAGGGUUAGCCUCGACGUAAAGUACAAUAUUCUGGCAAGUAACUGUUUGAAAUUUGAAUAUACACAAUAGACAGAGUAAUAAACAGGUCUGUUUCUCGUUGGAAUUUGUGAAUAUAAUACUUCAGAUUGCGGCUAAGGCUGUAAAAAAUGUGUCUUCACUUCUUUAAUUCAGCGGUCAUAGCGAACUCGAAAAUGUACUAUUGCACCAUCCACUGGAUUGAGAUUUGUAUUGUGGAUAGGGCUAUCUACCUUUUGAACAACUUGGGCCAGGUGAUUAACAAUAAUAUUAGUAGAAGGGAAAUGAAACUACAAUCGGCAACAAAAUUGUUGAGACAUUGUACUUAAGUAGGGUAGUUUCGGAGGACAAAGGAAUCCGCACCCCUCCCCUGUCCCCUCCAUUCAAAGUUGGGGUGUUUGUUGUUUUCUAUAGGCAGCUAGAACAAGGGCAUAACAUUGCAUGGAGGGGAUGGGGGAGGAAAGCUAUAUUUUCUCCUUUUGAAGUUAAUAAAAUGUAAAAAAGCCCAGUUUUGGGCGAAGUGUCUCAACUCAUUUUGUCGCCGAUUGUCUGUGAGUCAUACAUGUAUAUGAAGGCAAAUUUGUAGGUAGAGAAAUGGGUGUAUUUUCAGAUUACCUGUAAUUCUAACUAACAAACCAUUGCAAUCCUAUAAUGACUUUAUCUUGGUCCGUAAUCGUACCAUACAAUGGUAAGUGGGAACUUUGGGUUAUUGUCAUAAAUUACCAUUUCUUGAUUUACACUGUAUUCAAACUGCAGGUUGAGCUAUGUUUAUUGAAGCAUAGUUUCAAGUCACUGGCACAGCAAAUGGAGCUUCUCUUUAGCAAAAGGCUCUGGUUCAUUAUGUUGGAGCAGUUCUUGAUGAAGUACGUGUGGAGUGCGGCAGGCUUACUUAUGGUGGCAUCAAGCAUUUUUUUAGGAAAAGGUAACCCGGCUUUCAGGGUGCUUGAGGUUUUGUUANGCUAUGUUUAUUGAAGCAUAGUUUCAAGUCACUGGCACAGCAAAUGGAGCUUCUCUUUAGCAAACGGCUCUGGUUCAUUAUGUUGGAGCAGUUCUUGAUGAAGUACGUGUGGAGUGCGGCAGGCUUACUUAUGGUGGCAUCAAGCAUUUUUUUAGGAAAAGGUAACCCGGCUUUCAGGGUGCUUGAGGUUUUGUUAAACAGAGUUUCAUAUCUUGUGAAUGUAAAAAAAUUUAAAAGAAAGCUUAAAAAGGCAGCAGUACACAACAUACAAAAGACUUGACUGGAACCAUUUUCAGUCUAAAUUAUUGAUGAGAGGUUUUGUUUUUGAAUGCCAUAGCCUCCAUGGGUUUGAGACGAGUUGUAUGGGAGGAAGGGGUUACAACUCCCCUAACAAGGCCUCAGCCUGGGAGGCACUGGACACCAAUGAUAUCCAGUAAAACUCCUCCCUCCUAAACCCUUACUGUAGUAAUGAAAGUGAAAUUUAAUUCAUCCAAUUCUUUUCAACAGAAAAAGGGACCAUAUACAGUGUACCUCAAACAUCAUAUUUGAUUACUCUAUUCUGUGUCACAUACUUGUACAACGGUAAAAUAAAUACAUAGUGCCACACCAAGGUGCAAAACUAAAGAGCCUAUCCUCAGUUAGAGCUUUACAAUUCUGUAUAGGUGUUGUUUUAUAGUGUUCGAUCUUUUGUUUUACGUCAUUUGAUUAAUUCAAGUCUUCAGUGUACACUGAACACAAGGCCAUUUUUGUAAUUUCAUGACAAUUGCUCAAAGGGUCUACGUCACAACAAUAUUGCUGUUCAAGGUCAAUCAUGUUCCGAAGUUAUUACUUCAAUCUUUUACGUAUACACAAAACGUUCCUGUAGAGUUACAUAUUAUGAGUGUCGCCAAUACGGUUUUCCAGUCCCGUAAUCCCGCCUCAAAACUUCGUGCAAUCCCGUAAUCCCGCGGGUUAUUUUUGGCAACCCACCCCCCGCGCAUACUUUCAAUCCCUAAUCUCGCCCUGAUUUCGCCUUAAAAUUCCGAGUCCCGAGCUUCAAAUAAGGGAAUUCCCGUAUCCCGAAAAACUUAUUGAGGACCCUCUAUUAUGUAUGAUGAAGAUAUCAAAAGAGUUUCACCAGGGAGCACUGUCCAUGAAUUGGCCCAACUUUUUCAAUUCAUGUCCACCCUUACAACAGACAACAGGAAACCGGUGAACUCAAUUUUGGAAUUUAAUUGAUCCAAAGAAAAGCUUCAGCUUAUUAAAAAGCCGUAGGAAAUAGCAUGACACACACUGUAGGCCCUUCAACAAUCAUUGAAUCUCCAAUUUGUAAAUUUAGGUAGUAAAGAGCAGCUUGGUGUACUCCAUCAAGCAGUUGGUGAAAGAACAGAACAUGUCACAACCUCACGUUCCUUGAUGGUUUCUGCUGCGGAUGCUAUAGAAAGAAUCAUGUCCUCGUACAAGGAGGUCAGUCAUUCAGUUCUUUGCGAAUCAAGUCUUUUCAGGCUUUUCAAUAGCUAAUAUAGAUGUUUGCCUUCUGUCUCAAUAUCUGGUAGUGCAAUAUACUGACCCUUAGGGCUGAUUUCCACUGUUGCGUAAUUCUUACGCGCGUACUUGCGUACGUGCGUAAAAUUUACGUUCGGAAAUAAAAUAGAGGCAAUGUAUGAAAGGUCGCACGUAAGCGUAAAAGUUGAACCUCGCUCAACUUCUCGUUUAAUCUCAGCACUUUUUAUCUUGCCUGUAUUAUUUUAUUUACGUGAUUAAAAUUUACGUGCGUUAACGUUUCGUAGCCAAAAAUGCGACGUUGGAAAUCAACCUUUAUUCAGUCCCAGAGAUAACCUUUUGUUUUAAAGAGGUGCACCGCGAGAAGGUAGUUAUCCGGUAGUUAAGUAACGAGAGCAUAAAGAUUAGUCACCUUUGACACACGCAAUGCGAAAUGAUGUUUAAUUGAAAGCGCGGGGCGCUAUGCUAUAAUAGCCUUUUUCAGCUUGUACUGUUUUUGGUUCUCCCAAUUUCAGAUCACGUGAUCUUUUCAAGGACAUCGCCUUUUGCCCUCUUAUAAAUAAAUUAUGGGUACUUAUGCAUGUGGAUAGAACGACAUUUGACAGAAACAAUUUUCUCAUCACAAGGACUGAAAUGGAAAAACUAAAAAUGCAAGCGUAAAAGGUCUCUUGCUGUAAUUAUAAAGAGAAGAUACUGGUUUCGGUAAAAGAGAGUGACAGCGUACAAACAAACGAGAUCAUGACCACGAUGCGGGAAAUCUGUCAGGUUUAUAGCUUGUUCCAGGCCUUCCCUUAGUGGUGUGUGUUUUUGCACCGUCCGCACCAUCUGAAAGCCUAGAAUAGGCUUUCAGGUGUAGGCCUUUGACAUCACGGGGUUCAAUUGCAAAGCUCCGUUUUCGUGUGUUAAGACAGCGUGAGAGGAAAGCCUCCUGAACUCCUGAAAUUUUAUUCCUUUUUUUCUUAAGAUCAUAGAACUCAGCGGGUACACUGCGCGCGUCUCAGAGAUGUUAGAAAUCUUUGAAGAUGUUCAAAAGGGGCACUGCCGGCGACAAACAUCUUUGGAAAUAAAGGAAAGCGAACGCAUCGCUGACGAAGCUGAGCAGCUUUGAUCACCUCCUAAUCCCCCGGUGCCGCUUCAACAGCUGGACUCAGUCUACAGUCCUCCACUUCAUCAACUAUGGCUCCCUUUGUAACGAAACUUCCUACAGCGAUAGUAGUGUGGAACACCGCUACACCAAGUGUCAAGUUUGUCUUUCGAGGUAAAGAAUGAACUGAGCAUAAGGGAAUUGGUUUGAGCGUAUCAUGCACAGACAGGUGCCACUGGCCUGCAAAUAAUAGUGGUUCAUCCGUGUCCCACUGAAAUUGGCCCAUGCCCGACGAAAUCUUGACUGUGAUCGGACGUGAUAUCUGGAAAAAAUAAUGCCAAAGAAAAUCAAUAUAUGCAAUUGAAUAAUCUACUAUGUUGUCCCAACGCAAUAACAUUAUUGCAGACAUUCUAUGGCAGUAAAUAGUCUAGGUGAGAAUGCCGCACCUACCAUGCGCAACUAACUUUAUUUUGUGCGAUUGUCCAGGCAAAAUUGUGACUUAGCGGGACAUAUCUCCUUUCAAUAAGGAAAAAUUAUUUGCAGCUCUGCCACCAUGAGAGAAUGCCAUCUCAUUUGAAAAGCCUUCUCUGAAAAAUGAGCGUGAGAUUUAAAUCAGUUUGCCUCGUAAUGCAAACUCCAAGCGUGCACAAGUAUGUGUCCAUGAUGCCUAUAUGUGUAGACUCCUCACCAUUAGUCAAGGUGGGUCUUUAUCGGGUUCCCCUUGUUUUGACUGCUUCCCUAUAUUGUAUGGCCUGUUGGCCUCCGGCGUCCGUAAAGCGCCGGUUACACUGGUGGGCGUUUCAUUGCGCGAUUUGUCUUGUGACAAGGGCGGCGAUUUUUUCCGGGCGAUUUUUAGCGCGAUUGUAUACAAAGUAGUAUUUCGAGCAGCGCUUUUACCAUAGUUGUCAGCAGUGGCGAUGAAUGCAAAUUGGAGCAAAGAAGGUAUAGAGACCUUAGACAAGUUGGUGAAGUGCAUCUUUCUAUUCAUGUUGGUGUCUCGUAUUGGAUCGUCUAGCCCUUUCGUAUCGUCUGGUUUAUCGGUAGUUUCUUUGUAUCUUGAUAUCGCGUGUUCUCUGAAUUGAAUUUGAAUUGUAUGUUCUGCAAUGACUUUAGAUCUUUUUAAUUCUCAGAUGGAACCAGGGAUGCAUCUUUUGAUAACUGGACCCAAUGGCUGCGGCAAAAGCUCACUGUUCCGUAUCCUUGGUGGAUUGUGGCCGGUUUACAAAGGCUUCUUGGCAAAACCACCCCCAACCCAUAUGUUCUACAUACCUCAAAGGUGAGUUGUAUGCAUUGGUACUCCCGACGGUGUGUAUACUGCCACAGUAUAAUGAGUAUAUACGACUUGCAAGGGCUCAGUAAAAGGAGCUAUUGUAGGUGACGAGGAUAUUGCUGUUGUAGGCCAGUUCUUUGCUGACGUCAUUGUCUAGUGUCUUUACCCACAUACAAAAUACUCCUCUAGAAUUAUGAAGAAGAUAUAAAUUUCUUUAGAGAGCACUAAACAUGCUAAGACGUAAUCCAUCAGGAAAUUGAGUAAUUUUAAUUUUCACUGGACAAAAACUUUGUACCAGAAUAAUUUAAACCAUAUUGCAUUCUUUUUUACAUUUGUAAAGUGCUAUAGAUGUAAUUAGUUAUGUGUAAUAACACCAAAGAAAAUUGCUUAUGGGAGCCCGAGAUUUCACAAGAAUUGUGAAAAAACGGGUAAAGUUGUUAAAAUAAAACGAGAAAAAAGUUCUUGGCGAAAAUGCUUAAACUGGAAGGCAUCUUCACAUCAAUUGCUAUCAAAUGUCAUCGCCACGAGAGACUCGCAGUUCUGCAAAUGUUUGCACUAUUUUUCUGCUUGGAGCAUGUGAAGACCUUGAAAAGCGUUUGGGAGACACUGUCUACAAGUAAGUUUAGGACAAAGCGAAGAAGCACAGCCGAAAAAUAGCGUUUGUGACUUGGAAAGUGCCUAAACUGGCACAAUCCUCGAACAGUCAACCGGCACAGCAAGUUUGUCUUUUUCUUUUUUGUUCAUUGUAUAAAACGAAUAAAUUCCAUGUCACCGUGGGUCUGUUUUGUAGUAGAUCACCGAUGAUGUCAAAAUGCAGUGACACACUCGCCUGGGGCUGGUGUGCCACGUCUUUGUUUUUACCACCUGUUGACGUCAUCUGUGAUCUAUUACUGAACAGACGCACGGCAACAUAGAAUCUAUUUGUUAAAGAGCUUCUUCCGAAUUUUGUACUGCCCCUCUCAUCCUUUGUGUCCGAUUGUUUUCCCUCAGACCCUACAUGCCUAUUGGCUCUCUGCGCGAUCAAGUGAUUUAUCCACACACAGUUGAAGACAUGCAAUCUCAUGGCAUCUCAGACGAUGACCUUGAGUCCAUUUUGGCUACUGUUCACCUGCAGUACAUCAUCAAACGAGAAGGAGGUAAGCACACGCUUAUCAACUGUAGCCUGGAAUGUACGCCUAUAAUAAAUAAAUAAAUAAUGAAUAAAUAAACCGUUUAAUGGCAAGGCACGAUAGAAGAUGGCGGCCACACUGACUAUGACGUUCACCUUUUAGCUACAACCAGUUACAAAAAUGUGGAGGCACUCCAACGAAAGACCGGCCUUUUUUAAUUCAAAUCUCCGCUAGUCACAAUUAUGUGCAACAUAAUUCUCAUCUCCCUCCUACACCGCAUUUAAAGUUGUUCCUCCAAGUUUUGAGCAUGCAUGGUCUUCUAUUGCUAGCAACUUUGAUAAGGGGAGGUGGGGGGAUCACAAGCACAAGAUCAUGGAAAUAAGGUACAGUGUCUCAAGUACUUUUGCAACUGGUUGUAGCCUGGGAAAAGGGAAAAGGAGGCUUUUUUUUCUGGCCCAAUUCUUCUCCUUUUUUCUUUUACUCCUCUUCCCCUAACAGUUUUUCGAAAAAUUCAGAAACUCGUUAACUUAAGGCAUAAUUAAACAAUUAAACAACGCUCUAAACGUUUCAGCGCGUGGAGUUUUCGAUAAGAUAAAAAAGUAAAACAAAAAACACAGUUGUGAGCAUAAUUUGUCUCUUGUGAUAUUGAUAGGUAAUCAAAUGGUAAACUCGUUUUGAAAGUUAUUCGAAUUUGCUCAAAGCGCAAGUGAAAAUAAUUUUAAUCGUCACGAAACACACACUGAUUGGGUUGGUGUAGGUGAGGUUCUAAUUUACUUGGGACGUUAAGAAACACACCUUUAUGCGCUUGCUAUUAGUUCUUAGGAAUGUUUAUAUAACUGUGGUGAUCGCAUUCUAUCCCCUUUUCUUUUAACUCUGGAUGUGACAUAGACAGCGAGCAGUCUUUCUUUUUCUUCAGAUUUAUUGAGGGGAGUACGCGCGCGCCUUCAGUCACGUGCGUGGAUAUUUGCGUGUCUCGCGCGUUUUGCUCGAUGGUCCCAGAAAAAAGAGAGACUGCGGGUAGUCUAGAUGUGACAUGUGUGACAAAUCUUUAAACAAUAAGUUUCUGAAGUUCUUUGAGUCUCGUUAAAGGCUGGGAUGCUGUGAAAGAGUGGAAAGAUGUGUUCUCAGGAGGAGAAAAGCAGAGGAUGGGUAUGGCACGGCUGUUUUAUCACAGGUUUGUGUUACUAAGAUAACAGCAUCAAAACUCCCCUUACUUGUCCCUCUGCACUUUUUGCAGACGCAUUGGGAAGAUUUAGCGCAACAUGCAGUGUAAAGGAAAAAUUAAAAUUGUGCGAGCGAUUUAAAUUGUAUAAUUGUAUUUGUUGAGUUAAUUGUUGAAAUUGCUUUAAUAGAUCUCUCAUAACAUCGUUGAACGUCUUGCCAAAAAAUCAACGAAAUUUAACCCUUUACGCCCCGAUAUCCACAGGGCUGUUAUUAGUGAACUUACGCAACAGGACGGGAGAGGAAAGAAGACGGCAAACCUUGUCUGACAAGCGUGACAAUAAUUUUGCUUGAAACAACUUUUUGCCAAACUUUACUAUCUUUUAAAAAGAUCUUUUCGUACAAGACAAGAGAACAUUGAUGUUAGUCAAGAUCACGACAAAAUACGCAAGUUAUAGCCUUGUCACAUUCGUCACGCACAAGAUAAAAAUGAAAGAUAAAAAGAUAGAUAAAAGAUAAAAGAUAAAAGAUAAAAGAUUAAAACGACAAAAUACGCAAGUUAUAGCCUUGUCACAUUCGUCACGCACAAGCGAUUUGCCGUCCUCUUCUUUCUGCCGUCCUGUUGCGUAAACUCACUACUAACGGCCGGGGACCCGGGGCCGGGGAUUUUCCCUGGCUAUUAUGAAUGUGACCCCGCCUACUUUUGUAGGAAAAUAGAAGAAAAAUAGAACCAAACAAAAUCCCUAGCUGUUGGAUUCCCCUCCUACCUGCAUCAUUAGCCCGGCAUCUUGAAAUUUUAAUGACACCCCUUUAUCCACCUACGAAUUUUCUAGACCGAUCGUCAAGGAUAAGGUACUUGGGAGAGUUUGAUAACAGAUCCAAGUCAUUUUCCUGUAGGUGAUCAUUUUAUUAAUUCUCAUGACCUUUUUAUUUGAUUAUGUUGUUGAUAUUGUCAGGGAAAAUUAAUGUUGAUCACUCUCGGAACUUAAAGGGUUACUCGUGAUUGUGGCGUGCAUGGCGUUACUACUUUUGAGCCAGUAAAAUUCACCCUAUGUAAGGGAAUCCGGAAUCUGGGAUUCGAGAACAUUUUGCUUUCGUGAAUGUAGAAUGUGUGUCUGUUUCUCCCAUUAGCUGUAAAGCAGAACACAUUGACACGUAAAUAAAGUUUUGAUUUCAUUUAAUUUGUGGAAUCCUGAAUCCUGAAUCCUGGGCUUUGGAAUACAGCUCAAGGAAUCCGGAAUCCCACUUACGAUUGGAAUCCAGAAUCCAAGUUUCACUGACAAAGACUGGAGUCCAGUACCUGGAGCUCGGAUUCCACGGCUUGCACUCCAGAAUCCAAGACUACGAGAGGAUGUCUAGGAUUCACUUAUAUGGGGCGUUAUAAUGCAUAGACGUGCAAAGAUGAAGCAAUCGCUAAAAUACUUUUGAUAAUCAAUUGAAAACUUCCGCAUGUACACUCUGUCAUUUUUACUGUUUUGUUUUAAUUGUUUUAUUAUCAUUUUGCCAUUUACCUUUAAUAUAUACACAGAAUUUAAAAAGAGGAGGUAAGGGAGACCAUGGAAGCCAAUAAGGCUUAUGAAAAGGAAAAACAUAUGACUUAUGUACUUGAAUAAAAUACUGGCAUGGGCAAGACAAUUUAACUAAACACAUAUAAUUUCUUUACAACAUAGAAAAUAAUAAUUAAAUAGGAUAAAAAUAGAUAAGGCUGAACGCGCAAGUGCAAAAAAGAAAAAGAAAAAGUGAGAAAAAGUAUUGUAAAAAUACAAGGGAAAGAAGCGAAAACAGAACUGUACGCAAGCAUUAAAAGAAGUAAAGUGUGCUUGUGCCAAGAAAAAUGACUUCAGUUUAGAAGUGAACUCUGAAUUUCAGAGCUAAGGGAAUUGAAUAUUUUGGGCACUUGAAAACGAAGUGAGAAUUUCCUUACAUUUGAUAGACAGAGGUCUUUAUUAAGAAAUGAGACGCAAUAUACGUGGGGCUUUACAAUGAAUAGCGAACUAAGCUAAGGUUAAAAAAAACUAUCAUAUGCAAAUUUAAAAAAAAAAUUUAAGUUACUAAAAGAUAUUAAGAAAUAAAUUUUAGAAGACACCUAUUUCAAAAAGCCCGUUUAAAUCGUCAUGACCCCUUUCUUUAAGAACCCCAUUUCGUUUGGGUGGAAGCAAGUCAUACAAUACAUGCAUAACCAGUGUCACUUGUGAUUCUGUUGAAAAGAUCACUGCCCCUUUUCUUAAUAACAUCAGAUAUCAAAAUGAUCUUAUUUGUCCUACAGACCGCAGUUUGCUCUGCUGGACGAGUGCACCAGUGCUGUGAGUAUUGAUGUCGAAGGAAGCAUCUUCCAAGCUGCUAAAGAUGCUGGUAUCAGUCUGUUAAGCAUCUCCCACAGAUCUUCUCUCUGGUUUGUACUCUCGUUUAUAUAUACUUUUUAAGAGUAUCACUCCCUUUUUAUCCAGAAAGGUAUUAAGAAAAAGAGAAAAUUAUCAUUUAGGCUGACCUUGUUGUAUUCACAUUCGCCCGCGACCCUUGGGUGAAGCUCUAAAUAGCCUAAGAAAACAGCCGCGAAAUAACAUCUGAGAAACAAACGCAGAAAUUCCAUACUGAUGACGUGUCACUACCCACAUCUAGGUAGUGCUUCUGAUAGGCUGAAGUAAAUUUCCCACGCGGCACGAUUAAUCACAAGCACUACCCAGAUGGUAGGGUAGUAGGAUAGUAGUUGGGUAGUGACGAGUCAUCAAAAAGGAAUUUCUGCCCUCGUUUCUCGGGUGCCAUUUCGCGAAGAAACCAGUGAUGGCGUGGCGAAAUGUCGGCUGUGAGCAUUUGAUGCAGCGCUGGGGAUAAUCCAGGGAUGGGAUAGACCGGCGUCCAUUCCAGAAGAGAUGUGACACAUAUCCUGCAAAUACGACCGCCUCUCUGUUAUCGAUCUCCGCCGUUGUAAGCUUUCUGCGCCCCACAGGCAGAGAGCGAUGAGAGGUAGCUGUAUUCCAGGCUGUGACAGAGAUUAAAGUUAGGUUCUUGGGCUUUUCGCUUAUAAAAGAAGCCCCCUAACCCUGAAAACAAAGGGUAGUGCGGGUUAUAGGGACCAAUGAAACGAGGUUUGGAAGGGUGCUGGUCAAUAGCUUCUUUAGCUUGUAGGCGUGUAUUACAAGAAAUACAUUUAUCGCAACACCUCGCGAACCUAUGAAGCUGUCUUCGGGAAAGGCGAGAAACUUUCAUCUCUCCCUGUCACUCUUCCUCCCGCCUCACGAGUACUGUUUGUCAUUUAGAAUAGACUUCCACUGUCUGGUUUCUUUACGUGCGUACACACGUAAAUUUUGCGCCCGUAAAUGAAAAAGAAGCACUGUAUGAAAGCCGUGCGUAAACGUACAAGUUGAGCGCGACGCAAUUGAUACGUUGUACUAUCAGGGGUACUCUGCAUAUCUUCCAGACUUCUAUUUGCUAUUAUCUUUACCUUCUACAGUACCUGGAGUUUGGAGCAUUGUUGCUGGCGGUGUAGCCGCCCUUGCCAUGAUGCACCGCGUCGCGCGUCUUCAUGUAUGUUUGGCCUUCAUUUUCUCUAUAGGAAAUUCCACACCCAUCUGCUUCAGUUUGACGGAGAAGGGGGCUGGCGCUGGGAGGAGCUUAACACAGCAACGAGGCUCACACUUCAUGAAGAAAAACAGAAGCUUGAGUCACAGCUGGCUGGAGUACCCAAGAUGCAACAGAGAUUGAAGGAGUUGUGCUCCCUGCUCGGAGAAGACUCGGUGUUGUGCGUGCGAACGUAG